AUGAACACUAAUGUUGAUAAUGUAGUGCAGAAUGUUCAUCCAAUGCAAGCAAGGGCUAAAUCGGGCAUUCAUAAACUAAAGAUUUUAAUGGCAGCUAUUGAACCCACUUCAGUAAAGGCAACUCUUCAAGAUAGUUGUUGGCUGGCAGCAAUGAAAGAUAAGUUACAAGCCUUGCAAAGAAACAAUACAUGGACACUUGUGCACUUACCAGCUGGGCGAUUUCCCAUAGGAUGUAAGUGGGUGUUCUGCCUUAAAGAAAAUACCGAUGAUACCAUCGCCAAGCAUAAAGCUCGACUUGUUUCCAUGGGGUUUCAUCAACAAAGUGGUUUUGAUUGCAAUGCGACUUUUAGUCCUCUUGUUAAACCAAUUACUAUUCAAGUUGUGUUUAACUAUUGCUUUGUCCAAGGGCUGGAAAAUACGACAACUUGA